UGAUCACUAACAUUCCUAACAGAACAAUGAAUUUAAUUCAUGGUUAUACCAAUAUAAUUUUUAUGGUAAUCAUAAACUAUUCAAAUUCAAUUGACAACUAUCGUGGAAUUAUAGAUCAAUAUAAUUCAAAUCCCACACAUACAAUUAAUAAUGAAUAUUUAUGCUACUCGACUUCAUUAUAUCCAUAUCAUCAAUUCAAUCAAAAGAUAUUAGAACCAGAAGAUUUCUAUUUGUCAUUAUACAAUCCUUAUUAUUAUUUUAUCUCGUAUAGAGAUUUCAAUUCCAACUGUGAAAAAUAUCUAAAAAACACAUAUGAUUUUAUAAGAAAUGAGUCAUUUUCAUUAGUAGCUGAGGAUGAAGAUCGAAAGUUUACUGGCGUUUAUCCUAAAUAUUGGCGUAAAAGAUCAGAAUUCUUUGAAAUAAAUAGAAAAAUGGUAAAGUUUUGUACUACAUACAAAUUAAUGUAUAUAUUUAAUAGAAAUUCAGUGCAAUUCUAUGGAGAGGAUGUGUCACGUCAAGUGUCUAACAGAGCACGAAAAAGUGGCCUAAAACAAAAACUGGAUACGACUGAUAUAAUAAUGACGGAUAAAGUUUUAAAAAGAAAUCCCAUUGAUGCGGUUGAUCCAAAGUUUUACAAAAUAAAUGAAAAGGAAUUUAAGAUUCUAAAAAUACUCAUGAAUCUCCUACCUAAAAACGACGAGUCACCAGAUAAUUAUUUGAUGAGACAUUAUAAAACAGUGCAGUUAUUAUUAUAUCUUAACAAAAAUGUUGUCAACUACAUUCAGAAACAAGAAAAACAAUUUCAUAACGAAGGUCAGCAAUCUUAUAAAACUAGAUUAUAAAAUAUUCA